AUGGUUACCUAUCUGCUUCUGGGUCCAUUUCUGUCCAGGGGUCGCCGCGACGGCUCGCCCCGGACUCGCCCAGCCGGGGGGCGGGGCCAGCGAGAGGCCGGCGGCGGGACCCGGCGGCGGCCGGCUCGUUGGGGGAAACGCCGACGAGGAGGCGGGACGGUCGAUAGACGGCCCCGGGAUGCCACAGCUGUGGAUCGUCGAGCCGAUCGCGGCCGGCGGGAACGCAACGCAGCUGCGGCUGGGGCGGCGGCCGAGAGCGAGGCCGGGGAAAGGCUAUUUAAGAGUGAGGCAAAUGGACGGGCGAGGCUGGUCGCAACGGGUCGAGGGAGGGAGUUGCGGGGGCCGGGAGCGGGAAGGGGAGUUGUGGGAAAAGGACAGAAGGAGAGAGAGAGAGACAGCAGAGGGACGGAAGAGGGAAGCAGGCGAGGGAACAGAGAAGUGGUGAAGAGGCGAGGGAGGGAGAGUGAAAGAAACAGAGAGGAGUGA